AUGCCCGUCCUCAAAGGCAUAGCACUCCAACUCCAAGACCCCAGUGCCCAACCCAUUCCAUCUUUCCCAGACCCCUCAGAAGAGCAAGUAGAAACAUGCAGGACAACAACACGCUUGAUACGCUACACAGCCGGCGAGCCUUUCCGCAUCGUUCUCUACUCCCCAACCUCAGAUCCUGCCGGCAUACCCGUGCAAUGCGAAGUCCUCGAGGCUCGAGUGUUUGUGGAUGAGAACAAAAUGAUCUGGGGACCUAAACUUAUUCAUCGUGGCGAGGAUGGUCAGAGUCUGGAUAUUAAGAUUACUAAAGGUCUAUGGUGGCCUGUGCCUACUACCAGUUCGCAGCAACAGCAACCACCUCAUGACGAAAAGACUGUUAUCGUGCAACUCACCCCAUGUCGUCUUGCUCGACAAAUUACUAAAGAAGUAACCUAUCACGUCAACGGCGAAGGCGAGGAAUCCUGGAGCUCACGGACGACCAACAGUAUACCAGAAGCUAUACCCAACACGAUUCUGACCUGGAAAUUCAAACUCAUGACGCAAAUUGCCACUCUCCAACAACAACAACAACAACAACAACAACAACAACAACAACAACAAGAGGAAGAAGAAGAAGAAGAAGAAGAAGAAGAAGAAGAAGUCUUCCCAAGACCCCUCACCUGUUUCAUGGACGACAGAGGACAGUCACCACACCCCAACCAAAAAACCCAACGCCACUGGUCCUUAAAACCUCACGGCGAACCCAUUCUCUCCCAGAACGGCGUUGGCCUGCCCAGCCAAAUGUACUGCUGUGGCAGACAACUGCGCGGCGCAGAUCCAGAUGCUCUCACGGGCAAGAUUCCGCACACGGGAGUGGUAGUGUGCGAUAAUGACUUUUGCCAGAUUUCUACGUGGCAUAAAUACUGUGCGGGAAUGGAGGUGUGGGAGGAACCUGAGAGGUUGUGGAUUUGUCCUGUUUGUAGGGUCAAGGAUCAAAGGCAGAUUGAGAUUCGAAAGGGGGGGUUGUCACAGGAUGAGAUGGGCGUGUUGGAGGGGAGUAUGGAGUUUAGAUGA